GGAGGGAGCGGACGUGGUGGAGGUGGUGGCGGAGGUGGAGGAAGCGGAGGUGCAGGAGGUGGUGGCACGCAGGGAGGAGGAGGAGGAGGAGGGCGUUGCUCAAGUUCCCUCCUGGAACCUCUUUCCACGUCACCAACCGAGCCGCACCCCCCUCCUCCCCCCGGCCGCUCGCACCACCUGCACAACCACCUCCGCCGGGGGCACCUCGACACCACCCCAGCCCCCCCUUCUUUGGUUCCUCCUUCCUCAGCUCCUCCUUCCUCAGCUCCUCCUUCCUCAGCUGCAGCGUCGGCUGCAGCAGCUGCUGCUGCUGCAGCCACUGCUGCCGGCACCAUUACCCCCUCCACCACCUCCACCACCUCCACACCCGCUUCUCCGUGGAGCCCCGCGCCACCUCCCCCGGCAGGCCACCCUCCCUCGUCCCCCCGGACUGCUCACCUAGCGGCCGCCGCCUCCGCCAUCUCAACCGCCACCACCCCCACCCCUGUCACCCCCACCACUCCUACCUCAAGCGCCGUGUCACCAUCCGUACCCAUCCCACCCACAACGCCUCCGCCACCGCCACCGCCAACACAACUACCCCUCACACCCAACUGCUCCACUGGGGUCAAUGACGCGACUCGUUCGUCGUCGUCAACCGCUCCGACGCCGCCGGUCGCUCGUCCUCGUCUUGGCGGCGGCGGCAUUCGCCUCGCCGUCGGCUCCGUACUUGACGUGGGCGUGUGGGACAGCGAGGGCGACUGGCGACCCACGACCGACCCGGCGGGUCACUCAGAGCUCGAGCUCGCGGUUCCGCCCCACCUGCAGCGCAUUGGCUGCGAGGAGGUGGUGAAGGUUCGGGAGCUGGGUCGGGGGUGUUUUGGCAGUGUUUGGUUGGCUCGAUGGCGGGGUGUGGAGGUGGCGUUGAAGGAGCUGCUGCACCUGGGGGCGACGGAUAGCUGGGGAGGGGCGCCGGGGGAGGCCUUCAGUGAGGCGGAGCGGCUAGCCUCUCUGCGGCACCCCUGCAUCCUGGCCUUCUACGGAGUGCUGCUGGGGGCGGGUUGCUGCGGCACGGUGGUGGAGUACAUGCGGGGGGGCAGCCUGAGGGGCGGGCUGAGCAGGCUGAGGAAGCAGGGUAUUGAGAUCAGCGGGCGGCUUCGGGUGGCCAUAGCGCUGCAGGCCGCUCGCGGCAUGGAGUACCUUCACUCCCAGUCGGUGGUUCACUUCGACCUCAAGGCCGACAACCUGCUGUGCGACCUGCGCGACCCUGGGCGGCCGGUGGUCAAGAUUGGGGACCUGGGGCUGUCAAAGAAGAAGAAGGACAGCUUCGUGAGUGGCAACAUGCGCGGCACCCUGCCCUGGAUGGCGCCCGAGCUCUUCCCGGCGGUGCGGGAGCGGCAGCGGCAGCAGCAG